GCAGUAUUUCAGCGAUACGCACCAGCAUCGUACGCCAGCCAAAGAGCACAAAUUCACGGCGUGGACGCGCGUUUCGAAUUCAGAACAAACUGUACUCCUAGUGGUGCAAUAAAAAACGUUGACUCACCAACAGUCAACAGUCAUUAUCGUGCUCCGGGUAUAAUUGCGCGGUUUGAUCGUUUCUGCCGGAAGUUUGAUCAAAUUUGACAGUGUCUCAUCGGUGCCAGAAGUAGAAAAAUAGAUUUUGAAACUCUUUUCUGCCAAGUCUCUGAAGCAGCCACCAGGUGUCAUGCAUGCAGCAUUCGAAAACGCCGGCACCAAGAAAGGAUUGGAAGUAUGGCGGAUCGAGAAUUUUGAACCUGUACCGGUGCCAAAGAAAACGUACGGGAAGUUCCACAUCGGCGAUUCGUACAUUGUUUUAAAUACCAAGCAAAGCAAAAGUGGCAUUUUCUCCUGGGACAUCCACUUCUGGCUGGGAUUGGAAACGUCCCAGGAUGAGGCCGGUUCGGCAGCCAUCCUUAGUGUCCAGCUGGACGAUCGCCACAACGGAGCUCCCAUUCAGCACCGGGAAGUGCAGGACCAUGAAUCGAGCCUGUUCCUAAGUUACUUCCCUGGGGGAGUUCGCUAUGCUGCUGGUGGUGUUAAAAGUGGCUUCACCGAGGUGGAAACCAAUGCCGCUGGGGAGAAACGCCUGUUCCAGGUUAAGGGAUCCAAGAGCGUCCGGGUUCGGCAGGUUCCGCUUGCUAUCGGUUCCAUGAACAAGGGCGAUUGCUUCAUUCUGGAUGGGGGCUACGACAUCUACGUGUACGUGGGGCCACAGGCGAAGCGCGUCGAGAAGAUCAAGGCCAUCAGCGCGGCCGGGCAAAUUCGCGAUCAAGACCAUGCGGGCCGUGCCAACGUGCAUAUUCUGGACGAAUUCGCCAGUUCCGGCGAACAGCAGCAAUUCUUCGACGCCCUCGGAGAAGGAUCAGCCUCGGAAGUACCGGACGAAUCGGAGUGCGACGAAACCUACGAACAAGCCGACUGCAAAACCGUUACCCUGUAUAAGGUAUCGGACGCCAACGGAAGCCUAGAGAUCACCCCGAUCGGCGAAAGACCUUUGAAGCAGAACAUGCUGGACUCAGACCAGGACUGCUUUAUUUUGGAUACCGGAUCUUCCGGGAUUUAUGUUUGGGUUGGUAAGGGAGCAACGUCUCAGGAGCGAGCUCAGUCGAUGAUCAAGGCACAGGAGUUCAUCACCAGCAAGGGUUAUCCGAUGCAUACUCAGGUUCAUCGGGUCGUUGAGAAUGGAGAGACUACAGAUUUCAAGCAGUACUUUGCCAGCUGGCAGGAUAAGGGUAUGAACCAUAGUCACUUGAUAAGGGCUGCCAUGGAUGACGAUAGCUCUACCGAUGGGGAAGAGCGUGAGUUCGAUCCGGAGAUUCUGCACAUGUUCAAAAAGAACGGAGGUCGUGCCCUUGGCUUCAUGCCUGACAAUGGACAGGGUGAGGCUGAAAUCUGGCGAGUGGAAAACUUCGAGUUGGUUCCCAUUGAACCAGCUGCCUAUGGUAUGUUCUUCGGAGGAGAUUCGUACGUGAUCAAGUAUGAAUAUCAGAACAAACGGGGUGGUCAUGGAUUCCUGAUCUACUUCUGGCAGGGUAAGCAGUCGUCUACGGACGAGAAGGCUGCUGCAGCCAUGCAUGCCGUUCGUAUGGAUAACGAAUUGAACGGCAAAGCUGUUCAGAUCAGAGUUACUCAGGGCAAUGAACCACGUCACUUCUUGAAGAUUUUCAAGGGUAAACUUAUUACUUUCACCGGCGGUCAUGCUUCGGGCUUCAAGAACAUUCACGACCACGACAGCUAUGACGUUGAUGGAACGAGGUUGUUCCGUAUCCGUGGAACCUGUGCUGAUGACGUUCGUGCUGAGCAGCUCCCGGAAACGGCUAGUUCCUUGGCUUCGGAUGACGUUUUUAUUCUGGAGACUCCUUCGGGUACCUACGUCUGGCAUGGCGUUGGAGCAUCCGAUCUGGAGAAGGAUAUGGCUGGAAAUAUUGUUGGAUUGGUGUCUCCUGAUGCCACGCCUCAAAUUAUCGCUGAGGGAUCCGAACCGGGUGAGUUCUGGGCCGCUCUGGGUGGACAAGGAGACUACGAUCGGGAGCUGGAUCCAACUGGGGCACCUUUCCUGACACCAAGACUGUUCCACUGCCGUAUUCUGUUCAACAAGCGUCUGCGCGUGGAAGAAGUUCCACACUUCGAACAAGAUGAUCUCAACGUGGACGACGUCAUGGUGUUGGAUGGAGGUGACGAAAUCUACUGCUGGAUCGGAAACGGUGCCACCGAGGAGGAACGUGCCAAAUCAAUCGACAUGGCCAAGCAGUACAUCCGUACCGAUCCGUCGGAGCGCAACGAAGACACGGUACCGAUCGUGAUCCUGAAGCAGGGCGAAGAACCUCGCAGCUUCAAGCGCCUUUUCCCAUCCUGGGACGAUGGCCACUGGGAGUCCCAGCUAUCGUACGAGGAAAUCAGACAACAAGCCAUGGCCAAUAAUCAGUAACUUCCGUGUGGUCCUCUUGACCAUACAUGAGUCGCCAAAUGAACUGUGCACAAAUGUAUUAAAUUUUAUCAAAACCUAAUAAACGUCUAUAUGAGCUACUUCAAAUAUUUAAA